CACACGGAACGUCGCCCUCCACCGCAGCAGAGCGAGCCACGCCCUCGACUUAGAAUCCUUCUGGCUGGCUCAAGGGGACAGCUAGACCAAUUGCUCUUCCCGGCUGCUUCUGCGAAGCGUAGAGGACAGAUCCCCAGGGUUCUUGCUUCACCGACCCGCCCGCAUAGACCCUCUUAUACCUACACCCCGCCAUCCCACCCAGGCCAGCACCGGCUGUGCUGUUGUUCUUCUGCCACUUACAUCACAUCCAUCUGUGGCCAGGACUACACGCAAACGGCGUCCACGAACCAGUCCAGGGCCGCCCACGAUGGUGCCCGCCCUCUCCCUGCGCUCUGUAGCGCUCUGCGUGCUACUGGGCUUUUCGACAAACGUCUCCGCGAUAGCUGCCGUCCUCGGCAUCGACCUCGGAACAGAAUACAUCAAAGCCGCCCUCGUCAAACCAGGUAUCCCCCUCGACAUUGUCCUCACCAAGGACUCGCGCCGCAAAGAAAUUUCCGCCGUCACCUUCAAGCCGUCCAGAAGUGCUCUGGGCAAAGACGAGUACCCCGAGCGAGCCUACGGCUCCGAUGCCGUUGCGCUCUCCGCCCGCUUCCCCGGCGACGUCUAUCCCAACCUUAAGACUCUCCUCGGCCUCAGCACAGACCAUGAAAUCGCCGCCGAAUAUCUGGCCAAGCACCCCGCCCUCCAGGUCGAGGCACACAAGACACGGGGCACCGUCGCUUUCAAGAGCAAGGCCUUUUCCACAGAGGAGGAGGCCUGGAUGAUCGAGGAGCUGCUGGCCAUGGAGCUGCAGAGCAUCCAGCGCAAUGCCGAGGACAUGGCUGGUUCCGGGUCUUCUGUUCGCUCAGUCGUCAUCACUGUGCCCCCAUUCUUCACCAUCCAGGAGAAGAGGGCUGUAGAACUCGCUGCCGAGCUCGUCGGUCUCAAGGUCCUGUCCCUGAUUAGCGAUGGUCUGGCUGUUGGUCUGAACUACGCCACUAGCCGCACGUUCCCCACAGUCAGCGAUGGCCAGAAGCCCGAGCAGCACAUGGUGUUCGACAUGGGUGCUGGCUCGGCCAAGGCCACAAUCAUGAAGUUCCAAGGCCGUGUCGUGAAGGACGUCGGCAAGUUCAACAAGACUGUCCAGGAAAUCCAGGUUAUGGGCAGUGGCUGGGACAGGACUCUGGGUGGUGACUCUCUUAACUACCUGAUCGUGGAGGAUAUGCUGGCCAAGUUCGUCGAGUCCCCCGCCGCCAAGAAGGUCGGCGUUGCUGUAAAGGACGUGGAGGCUCAUGGCAGAGCCAUGGCCAAGCUCGUCAAGGAUGCUGAGAAGAUUCGCCACGUCCUGAGCGCCAACACCGAGACGUCGGCGAGCUUCGAGGGUCUCUACGAGGACAUCGAUUUCCGGUACAAGAUCACCCGUGCCGAUUUCGAGAAGUUGGCCGAGGCACAUGCUGAGCGUGUGGAUGCAGUCAUCAAGAAGGCCCUAGAAACUGCCGACUUGGACAUCUCGCAGCUUGACUCUAUCAUUCUCCACGGUGGCGCCUCUAGGACUCCUUUCGUCCAGAAGCAACUCGAGAAGAUUGCUGGAGCCGACAAGCUGCGCAGCAACGUCAACUCUGACGAAGCUGCUGUCUUUGGUGCCGGAUUCAGAGCUGCCGAGAUCAGCCCGAGCUUCCGUGUCAAGGAGAUUCGUGUAUUUGACGGUGCUUUCUACCCAGUUGGCAUUAAGUGGUCCAGCCCUCAUGGCCGACCCAACCAACAACGUCUCUGGAACCAGCGCUCACUUCUGGGUGCUGCACCCAAGGAAGUCACCUUCGCCAAUCACGCCGACUUCCCUGUCAGCUUCUUCCAACAACUGACCUCUUCCUCUGGCCUUGUUGAUCAGGAGAUGCAGGUGAUGACGACAAAGAACCUCACCGACUCAGUCGCGUCUCUCAUCGAGAAGAAUGGCUGCGCCGAUGCCGACAUUCAAUUCAAGGUUCAGCUCAAACUGAACAUGGUUGACGGCGAUGUCGAAGUUGUCAGAGCUGCUGUAGAGUGCGAGGCCGACGCCGAGAAGGAAGGCAUCAUGGACGGUGUCAAGAACCUCUUUGGCUUUGGUAAGAAGGACCAGCAGCCUCUCAAGGAGGGUGAAAAGGCCGAGGCCGUUGAAUCGGAAUCGGCCACAGAGUCUGCCGAGUCUGCCGAGUCCUCCUCCACCGAGAGCUCCUCCACUACUGGGACUUCUUCUGGAACCGCGGCUGCUGCCGAGAGCAGCCCGGCAGCCAAGAAGAAGGUGACUGUUGUGAUACCUGUCGACUUCACCCUUGAGAAGACUGGAGCUCCCGAGUUGUCGAAGACCGAGUUUACCACUGCAAAGAAUCGCCUCAAGGCAUUCGAGUCUUCUGACCGGGCACGUCGUCUUCGUGAAGAGACUCUGAACCAGCUUGAAGGCUUCACCUACAAGAUUCGCGACCUGCUCGAGAAGGAGGACUUUAUUGCGGCCUCUACCGAUAAGGAGCGCACCCUACUGGAGAAGAAAGCCCACGACGCUAGCGAGUGGCUCUACGAAGACGGUGCCGAUGCCUCCCAUGACACGCUCCGCGCGCGCCUGAAGCAGUUGAAGGAUAUUGUCAACCCUAUCGAGAAGCGCGUGGGCGAGCUGGCCGAGCGUCCGCAGCUUGUCCAGAAAUUGCAGGAUGCCCUCAGCAGGACGAAUUCCUUCGUUGAGAACAUCAAGGAGAAGAUUGCCGAGGCUGAGGCCUAUGCUUCCUCUGUCAGCGCCAGCGUAGGCUCUUCCAGCACAUCCGAGGCAGAGUCCACUGUCACCUCUGCGCCAUCGGAAGAUGCCAGCAGUGCCGAAGGCGAUGCUUCCAGCUCGACCACUACAGCAAGCAGUGUCGUUGAUGACCGUGGUCCCAUCCCUCCUCUCUACACGCUGGAUGACCUCAAGGAGAUCACUGAGCUGGCUGAGUCUACUGCAAAGUGGCUUAAAGAGAAGCUGACGGCUCAAGACAAGCUGCCUGACACUGCGAACCCUGUCCUCCUGAUCAAGGAUAUUACCGAGAAGACCAAGCAGCUUGAGAAGGCCGGCAUGGAUCUUGCCAUGAAGAGCGUCAAGAACUUUGACAAGAAGAACAAGAAGAAGUCUAGUUCCACCAAGAAGUCCAAGACCAAGUCCAGCACCAAGACGGCGACUGGUGAGGGUUCCGCUCCUACCCUUGACUUUGAUAACUUGAAGGCCGAGGACCUUUUCCAGUUCAACGACAAGGGCGAGAGGAUAAACAAGGAGGAUAUGGAGGCGCUCCUGCAGAAAAUGAAGCAAUUCCAGGCGGAGAACAAGGAUGGUAAAGCAGAGGCUGAAACUGAGGCCGAGGCCGAGGCCGAGAAGCCCAGUCACGACGAGCUGUAAACAAAUUAGCAUAUAUAGACAGGCCAUGUGGCUUUGCAUAGCACCAUAUCUAGCGAUGAACUCAUGUCUCUUCUGUCCCUGAGCUAUGCAUCCAAUGUUUCUGUCUCGGUAUAUCGUCUGCUAGGUGUACAUCCUUUAUUUGUCA